AUGAAUCGGCAUAUGUGGAUCUUCAUUCAUAUUCUAACUCUAGCAACUGCCACUGUGGCAAGCAAUUGUAAUCGAGUUCGUUCCAGUUGGAAUGACGAGGAUAACAUCAUCAGCGAUCAAUCCGGUCACAUCGAUCUCAGUCAAUUGAGUGACCAGCAAUUGGAUCAAUUGAUGAAACAACUGCAACAGAAAGUCGACACAAUGGAAUUUCAAAAUCCUCAAGACGCUUCAUAUCUGGAGGGCAAUGACGAUAAUGACGAUGAUCAUCGUGGCUCAAGUCGUCCGUGGAACAAAAUCCAGCGUAUCAUUCGACGUCAAUUGGUCCGCAUACCCAAACGAUAUCUAAAGAAAUUCUUGCGACAAUUUGGCUUGGCUCGCAGCGGCAGCAGCAGCAGCAUCAGUACCAAAACUUAUAAAACUGCCAUCAUUCAGCCCCAAUUGUAUUAUUUAAUACCGUUAGAUUAA